AUGUAUCAUGCAAUACAGAAAAAACACUUCACAUUUGAUACAUGUUGGGAUAUUUUGCGCCGAAGUUGUAAGUGGGAUGAACUUCGAACACAAUCCAAAAAGAGUACGCAACAUGCUUAUCCAUGUUCUAAUCCACCAACUGCAGAAUCUGAUGCAUUUCAAUCCAACCAGAAUAAUGUUCUGCACGAAGAACCAACUAAUCCAUCAAUACGACCAAUUGGUACUAAAGCAGCGAAAGAGAAGUUGAAGAAUCAAACAACCCAUGAUAGUAAAUUUGAUGAAAUGGCUGCCAACCAAUCCAAAAUGGUUGAAGUGUUAUCAACUAUUUCCGCUGGAACUAUUGAGCGAGAUGAACAAAAGGCGAUCGACCGUGACCAGAAAGCUGCAGACCGUCGAAGAAGGGCCGAAGAUAGGGAGGAACAACUAAAACUCCUAUCUAUGAUGAAUGAAAGAGAACAACGAAAUGAAGAUCAUAAAAUAAUGUCAAUGGACAUGACAAAUUUAAAUCCAAUGCAAAGGGCGUACUACGAAGAUCUUCAACGACAGAUUUUAUUUCGAACAACUAAUAGAUUGCCUUGA